AUGGGUUGUUGUUCAUCAGAUUGCUUCGUCUACUUCAUCCUCUCCAUUGCUUUAGCUUUCAUGGCCAUCUCCACCACUCUACGUUCACCUCCGGAUUCCGAACCCACAAUACCCAUUGCUUUUUCUUCCUCUUCGCCUUCUCUCUCUUUAAACGCCUCAAACACUCUACGGCAAUCUAAUUUCAAAGCAAUAGCCACUCUUCUCCACAUCUCCCCUGAGAUCUUCCUCUCUUCUUCUCCCAACACAACCCUCUUUGCCAUCGAAGAUGCUUCCUUCUUCAACACGUCAUCGCUUCAUCCUUUGUUUCUCAAGCAGCUUCUUCACUAUCACACACUCCCUCUUAUGCUUUCGAUGGAUGACCUUCUCAAGAAGCCUCAAGGAACCUGUCUCCCAACGCUUCUCCACCACAAGAGUGUCCAAAUAUCCACUGUUAAUCAAGAAUCAAGAACAGCUGAAGUCAAUCAUGUCCGUAUCACACACCCCGACAUGUUUCUUGGAGAUUCAUUGGUCAUUCACGGAGUUAUUGGACCAUUCUCUCCUCUGCAACCUCACAGUGAUCAUCUUAUCCACACACCUUUAUGUCAAUCUGAUACAACAAACAAAACCAGUAACAACGAAGAAGUUCCAGUUAGCAUAGACUGGACUCGGAUUGUUCAGCUUCUAAGUUCAAAUGGGUUUGUGCCAUUUGCAAUUGGAUUGCACUCUGUUCUCAACAGGAUUGUGAACGAUCAUAAUCAUCACAAGAACUUGACCGGUGUAACGAUUCUAGCUACACCGAAUCUGGUCUCAUUGUCAUCUGCUUCUCCGUUUUUGUAUGAAGUUGUGAGACAUCACAUUCUUGUUCAACGGCUUACAUACAAAGAUUUUGCUUCAAUGUCUGAUAAAGCCACAGUGAAGACAUUGGAUCCUUACCAAGAUCUUACAAUCACGAGAAGAAAUGUUAAUUCGUCUGGAGGAGAUUUCAUGAUUUCUGGAGUUGAGAUUGUAGAUCCAGAUAUGUUCUCUUCUUCCAACUUUGUAAUUCAUGGAAUAUCACACACUCUAGAGAUCCCACAUGUAUAA